GGACGCGGGAGGAUAUCCAGGGGGGACUCAGGGAGCCAUGUCCCAGGACAGGUGGAGCAAUCCCCGGGAUCGGCGCCCUGGCGACUGGUUUGCUCAUGUUGGAGAGUGCCAGGAUGAGUUUGAGACGACAACAAGCGCCGCACUAAGACACGUCCUGGACUCGACAGCAGCCCAGGGCAUUAAGCAUAGAUUGCCUCUAGAAUACAAAGCUCGGGACCCGAAAGCAGGGAACAAGAAUUUCCCAUUUUCUUCUCAUGACAACAAACACAGUAUAUGUAAUGCAGCAGAGUAUUUUGAUCUUGGCAUGGGCCUGAAGAAGUUGGAUCCAGAGAGACAGCAAGGGAGCUCCACUAACUUCUUUGAGUGGGCUCAUGAAUCCAUCCCUAGCAGUGAGGAUGGCUUAACCAUUUACCAGACAUCCUUUGUGACAGAUGAAAACAAUGAAAACGCUGAGGGCCCCUCUUUUAGGCGGUACCCGAAACACCACAGCAAAAACUGGUGCAUUGACCAACCUGUUCCUGAGAAUGACAAAGACCUGCAGCCAGACAAGUCAUCCUAAGUAUAAAAACACCCCUGGAGCACUGACUUCCCAAAUCUGAACUGUUCAUUACUCAAAUCAAUGGUGAAAGAAUAAACAUUUUUGCAGAGGUCAUGUGGCAGUACAGUUGAGGUCACUGGAAUCAAUCUUACGUUCCUCUGAAGACUGACAUUGCUGUAAAGAUUUUCAUGGAGAGGAGCAUUAUCGAGAUUGUACAUACUUUUCGAAAUACCUCUCUCUUAGGAGAACAGAGGUGGGGAUUGUGCUUGUGUUAUUUGACACUGGUUGACCCUCAUCUUGCUACAAAAGCCCCUUCAGGUUGCAAAUGGGUGGCAUGGCUGUGCCUCAGGCAGCUGACAGCACCUCUGUUGACACAGGAGCACAGUGGAAGUGGAUCCUCGAGGGUUUACCACAGCAGGGAGCCAAAACUGUGUGUUCAGGGAAGAGAGGAACCCUCCUGAAAGGUUUAGUGGCUGUGAGGGCAGGUCACCAGCCACUGGAGAAAGGAGAGAAAAAAGAAGCUGCACGUUAAAUUGCUGUUGAAAACAACUGUCAUGUUGGGUUAUAACACAGCACUGUAGAAGUGGAAGAAGAGAGUGUUGUGGACAAUGUUUGCACACACAAAACCCAGUUCCUGGGAGUAACUGGGGAAAAGGCUCCAGCUGAAGUAAAAGGCUGCAUGAAGAUCUGAGGUGACUGGAUUUAAGAAAAGGUCAGGAUUUUAUGGUUACAUGUCCCUAAGGAAGUGAAUUCAGAACCAAUCCCCCAGUCGCUCUGCUCCUAGAAUAUUCACUGACGUUAGGAUGUGGCAGGCUGUAGAGUCAGACCUCCAAAUGAUGUGUUUUCCUCU